AUGGCUACAGAAAAUUCAGUCACCGUGCUUAAGCAUUCUUUAGUGCCGCCACCGUCGUCUGCGGUGGCCACUGCAAUGUCUCUCCCUUUAACAUUCCUUGAUAUGCUCUGGUUGCACUUUCCCCCUGUUGAACGCCUCGUCCUUUAUGAAGUACCUCAGCUCUCUAGAGCACAUUUCAUCGAGCACAUUAUUCCUAACCUUGAACAUUCACUCUCCUUGACACUCCAACCUUUUUUUCCCCUAGCCGGGAAUUUGAUAGUUCCUUCCAAUUCAAAUUCUGGCACGCCCGAAAUUCUUUACAAAAAUGGAAGUUCACUAGCACUAAUCAUUGCCGAGUGUACCACGACUGAUUUCAAUUAUCUUACAGCAAACCAUGCACGGAAUUGUUGUGAUUUUCAUCCGCUGAUUCCUGAAUUGAAACUAUCUAAUCAGGAUGAUUCCGGAUCCACAGCCAGGACUACCCCAGUUCUUGCUCUUCAGGUUACAUUAUUUCCAGACUGUGGAAUGUCUAUUGGAAUCUCAAAUCACCACACUGUCGGAGAUGCCGGCAGCAUUUUCAGAUUUAUGAAGACGUGGGCUGCUUUAUGCUCCAAAUGUCUUGAAGAUAAUAUCGACAGAGAUGAUGUUGCAGCAACUCUAGCAAGUGAUUCUCCACCAUGUUACGAUAGGACUAUGAUCAAAGACACAAAGGGACUUAACUCAAUUUUUCGGGACCAAGGGGUCGUCUUCUUAAAGUUUUUUCAAAAUGAGAGUUCUACUGAUACUACAACAAAACCUACGACCAAAACAGAAAAAGUUCGCAGAUCUUUUGUUAUUAGCAGAAACAAUAUUGAAAAACUCAAGAACUUAGCCCGGCAAAAACGGCCACAAUUAGUUCAUUUAUCAUCAUUUACGGUAAUUUGUGCCCAUGUUUGGACUUGCUUGGUAAAAUGUCGUGGUCCAAGUGGAGAACAAGUGGAUAAAGGUGAGGUGGAAUACUUUUAUUGCCUGGCUGAUUGUAGAGGACGUAUGGAUCCACCUUUACCUUCCAAUUAUUUUGGCAAUUGCCAAACACUUAUUAGGAAAAAUGAAAAAAUGGAAAGACACUUUGUGCAAUACUAUAGGUGGCAUUGGAUUGGCAUAGAAAAACAUGUCACCGAGAAUUCCAAGUGCAUUCAUCAGAGAUUGAAGAACAAUGAUUCACUCUUCGACGAUGCUGACAAGUGGUUGCCGGAUACUGCGGGUAUAAAUUUGGACAGGCUGGUUUCCGUGGCUGGCUCACCAAGGUAUAACUAUUACAAUCUGGAUUUUGGAUGGGGAAAGCCUAAAAAGUUCGAGUUCGUUUCGAUUGAUACUUCAGGGGCCAUUUCUCUUAGUGGGAGUAGAGAAACAGAUGGAGAUAUUGAGGUUGGUUUAUCCCUUUCCAAGCCAAGAAUGGAUGCUUUUAACUGCUAUUUUUAA